AUCAUAUCCAGCACGUCGCAGCAAGCAAAGUAACCAAUCGAGAGCCAUCUCUCUGUCUUGCCUCUGCGCUCCUCCGCCUCGCUCGCCGCCACCUAGCGAUCUCGGUCGCCGGCGACAAUGGCGGUGGUCCGCGGCGGCGCCGUCGCCGCCCUGCUGGUGGUGGCGCUGGCGCUGUCGUCGUCGUGGGACGCGGCCUCGGCGCAGAAUCUGCUGAAACGGAAGGUCAAGCAGCCGCCCCAGACGUCGAAGCCGGGGAACCCCAAGCGGAUGCCGCCCAACGCCAAGUACACCACCGUCGUCGCCAACCGGUACCACAAGCGCGACUACGAGAUCACCUGCACCACCGACUACGGCGCCGCCUGCUACAUCAAGUGCCCCGCCCGAUGCCCCAACAAGUGCCUCGCCUACUGCGCCUACUGCCUCACCUUCUGCCUGUGUGACCUGAUGCCGGGCACCUCGUGCGGCGACCCGCGCUUCACCGGCGCCGACGGCAACACCUUCUACUUCCACGGCAAGAAGGACGAGAGCUUCUGCCUCGUCUCCGACGACCGGCUCCACAUCAACGCGCGCUUUAUGGGCAACCGCAACGCCGAGUCCGGCCGCGACUUCACCUGGGUGCAGGCGCUGGGCGUCACCUUCGGCGACCACAAGCUCUACGUCGGCGCCCGCCGGGCCGCCGAGUGGGACGAGGACGAGGACCACGUCAUCGUCGCGCUCGACGGCGAGCCCGUCGACGUCGAGCCCGCCAAGAACGCGCACUGGGUCUCCAAGGGCGUGCGCGGGCUCUCCGUCACCCGCACCGACGCCGUCAACGCGGUCACCGUCGAGCUCGACGGCGUCUUCAGCAUCUCCGCCAACGCCGUGCCCAUCACCGACGAGGACUCACGCGUCCACAGCUACGGCAAGACCGAGAGGGACUCGCUCGUGCACCUCGACGUCGGGUACAAGUUCCACGGCCUCACCGGGGGCGUCGACGGCGUGCUCGGGCAGACCUACCGCCCGGACUACGUCAACAAGCUCGACAUCGCCGCCAAGAUGCCCGUCAUGGGCGGCGCCGACAAGUACCGCUCGUCGGGACUCUUCGCCACCGACUGCGCCGUCUCCCGGUUCAACCGCAGCGCCACCGAUGGCUUCACCUCCUUCGCCUCGUAAAUGGCACGGCACCCCGGAUACGUGCCAUGACAUAAGUCAAUGUCCCCCAACGUACGUCUUGUGUACGCUGAUGAUGCUGAGUCAUCUAAACGUUACAAAAUGUCCCGUGUAUUAUUGAUUUGUUUUGCGGUUUGUAAUCUGGCUGACGAAUAAAUUGUCCUGUGUUAACUUUUUUUUUGGCACAUACAUCGCCACAUCAGUUAUAAACAUUUCAUUCUUUUA